AGUCUAAAGGCCCUGGAUGACGCACCCCCGCCGCCCAGUUCAUGGCCCGCGCGUCCACCCAUGGGGCGCCUUCGCGAGCCAGCGCUGGGAUGGCUGCCGCAGAUGGCGGCACGCCCCGCGUCGUCUUCAACCGCAUCGAGGUCCCCCGCGUUGUCCUGACUGCCGACGAUGCCGACCCCGGGCUCUACGUGCCCAGCCCACGGGCAUCGCUCGAGGAUUGCGAGGCGCUGGCCGCAGGUAGGAGGAGGAUGCUGCUGCGCGCGCCGCCCGGGGUGGGGCCCGGCUCGGUGCUCCGGCUGCCACCUCCGGCCACGUCGCAGGGCCCGCAGGCGGGGACCGCUCUGGAGCUGGAGUUCCCGCGGAACGCCGCGCCGGGCGACGCGCUGUUCGCCCUGGAGAGGCCAGAUGGCACUUGGCGCUUGCAGAAGCGCACAGACGAGUUCGCGUUCCUGCUGCCCGACUGCAAGCCGGGCGACACGCUGAGGGCGCGGGGACUGGCGAUCGCCCCACCCAACAAGGAGUGGGCACCGGUGGAAGACCAAGGCAGCGAACUGAUCGCAGGAACCUUCUUGUCGUUCCUCGUGCCCGAUGACAUCGGCCACGGGGAGUUGAUUUCGGUCCGGCUGGUGGAGGGCGCCGAUGGUGGGGCAGCCUGGGCCCUCGAGCGGCUCCUUGCCCUCCCGCCCGCCGCAAAUAUCGCGCCCCCGCGGUCGGAGCCAGUUCGCGGCCCCUACGCGGCGGCGCUCGGCCUGCUGGAGCGGCGCGGCUUGCUGAGGCACCUCGUUCCCGACGGCGACGGCGUGCUGCAGGUGAACGCGCCAUUCUGCGGGCGGUUCCAGGAGCACGCGCUUCUGGCGGACCUCCUCUCCCGCCUCGCCGCGCGGCUGCCCAGCGCGCGGCGGGUGCGACUGCUCGGGGUGGAGGCGUCGGCGGAGUACUACCAAGAGUGGGCGCUCGCGGAGAAGUGGAUGCGGGAGGCGCACCCGCGCGUGGAGCUGAGCUUGCGCGUCGGGGAUUUGUCCGAGGAGGCGCUGCCCGCCGCCGCGCUCACGAUCGGGCUGCACCCGGAGGUCACCAAGGGAGGACCUUGGUUCGCUAUCGUGGGUUCGGCUGUGCGAAGUACAAGGCAGUCCAGCUGAUUUGGUGUAUGUCGUUGUCUUCGUCAUGCCUAUCCAGCAAUAUGUGUGUCGUGUGCUCGACAUGGUCGACAUGGUCUGUGUUGUCGUUGCCAUGCGCAGAUAGUCAGUGAAACGUUCCUGCACAUGUUGGCCCGUUUCUAUUGCAGGGGAUUUGACGUGUGAUUGCAUGCAUAGGCGUCCUCGAAGCAGGAUCCCAUACACGCGCCAAGCAAGGUCUGAAGUGCUAGCUUUUCGCCGUGCGCAGACAUGUUUCAGCAUGUAUCCGGGAUCAGGUUAUGUUCUUCAUGAUUGUUGCAUACGUGCCAGUGCAAAUGGUUCUAGCGGUGAGCCCAGCCAGGGAAGGGUUAACAAUGCAUGCAAGGUGCCAGGUGGUGUCAAAGCAGACCGUGUCUUCGUGAUGUCGUACACAUGGGACCGAAUUGCCAAUCAAAGCUCAACAGGCACAAGGCAGCAACGAUGAACGUAUGACGAGAUUGACUUCGCGUCCCAGCAUUCGCUGCAAGUUUGGGUUGUCAUAUAAUUGUCGAAAUGGGUUGGGGUUGCUGUGUCUUUGCGCAACUGUGUCGUGUGACCAUGUGUGUCACAUGCGGUAGUUUCUAGGUCGCAGGAUAUGUUGGCAAUGUAUGUACUUCUAUCCAGGGGCCUCUUGAUGUUUGCGACGUUCUACGAAGAUGAGAUGGAGACGGUCGUGAACAUGGCAAACAUGUACAAAAGCGAGAGCAGCUUUGUGGAGGCCAUUGAGAACCCGUACUAUCACGGCAUGGCCGAGCUCCCGCCUUCCCCGCGCAUGCGCUACCUCGUGUUGGUGCACAGCGGACGCGCGGCCCAUUGCUCGCGGAGUGGCGAUGCAUCGGGAGACGGGGGAAAAAAGCGUUGAUGCAGAGGCCCUUUCCCCACUCGUGUUGUUCCCCCACCGCCCACCCUCCCCGAUGACUUCUUCUCAAUAUCGCACGCUCAGGGGCACCG